UUUCCCUUCUUUCUUUCUUUCUCUCUUUGUGCUUCUGCCAUUCUAUCCAUCUUUUUUUUUUUUGGAUUGACCAAUCAUGCUUUUCUGGCACAGCCAACCUGACCAUUACUGGCCAAGCCCAGGCGAAAUGUAUCCUUGCUCUGGCAGCAAUCUGUUAAGGGAGCCCUUGGCGUUGCCGUUCCUGAAACAAGAGGAACCAAACAGUAUUUCAACCUCAGCCGAACAACACUGUCCAUCUUUCCAGUACAUCCUGUGUGCAGCUACUUCUCCGGCUGUGAAACAGCAUGAGGAGACCCUCACCUAUCUCAACCAAGGGCAAUCAUAUGAAAUCCGCAUGCUGUGUAACCCCAAGAUGGGAGAAUUUUCAGAGGGGCGCAGGCUGCUGAAGAGUGUGGUCAGGGUUGUGUUCCAUGACCGAAGAUUGCAAUAUACAGAACACCAGCAGCUGGAAGGAUGGAGGUGGAACCGACCUGGUGAUCGCAUCUUGGAUAUUGAUAUCCCCAUGUCUGUAGGCAUCCUCGAACCCCACAUUCACCCCACCUUGCUCAACACUGUGGAAUUCCUGUGGGAUCCAACUAAGCGGACUUCGGUCUUUGUCCAGGUCCACUGCAUCAGUACUGAGUUCACACUACGCAAGAAUGGUGGGGAGAAAGGAGUUCCCUUCCGCAUCCAGGUAGACACGUUCAGGCCCAGUGAGAAGGAGGAACAGGUGGAGCAUUUGCACUCGGCCAGCUGCCUCAUCAAAGUCUUCAAGCCAAAAGGAGCAGACCGGAAGCAAAAAACAGACAGGGAAAAGAUUGAGAAGCAAUCCCUUCAGGAACGUGAGAAGUACCAGCCUUCAUAUGAAAGCACAAUGCUGACUGAGUGUGCUCCAUGGCCAGAAGCUUCCAGCAGCCUUCACAGUCCUCCCAGCACCCCUGGCCUUGUCUCUCCACACCCUUUCAAGCUUCAGACACCAGAAAGGGUCUGUUCCUCACCUGGCUAUGCUUUGGACAGCUCAUCAGAAAGCACAGCAGAGACCCUGAGCCCGAGUGCCUCCAUCUUGGAGACUCAACAGUGGUUGCACAAAAACAGGUUCUCCAGUUACUCCCGGGUUUUCUCCAGCUAUACAGGAGCUGAUCUGCUCAAGCUCUCCCGUACGGAUCUAGUACAGAUCUGUGGAACGGCAGAUGGAAUCCGACUCUCAAAUGCCCUAAAGGCCAGAUGUGUGCGCCCUCGACUCAUCCUUUAUGUGUCCAAAGAGGCUGAAGUGAGUGGGAGAAAUGGCUCCCCCAAUAAUGCAUCUGAAGCUAUAUACCAGGAGUUGUAUCUGGAAGAACUGAGUGCCACUGAGCUAACCAAUAAGCUGGCAGAACUGCUUAGCCUUCCAGCCAAUCAGAUUCAACAAGUUUCUAGACAGGGGCCUACAGGAAUUCACAUCCUUGUCAGUGACCAGAUGGUCAGAAAUCUCUCAGACGAAACAUGCUUUGUAGCAACUGUAACAAAAGUGCAGAACACAGAAGGCUAUCACUUAGUUCUAAAAUAAGACUUGGACCUUCUAGAAGAUGUGUUGCUGGUCUGCAAGAAGGUGUGGAUCAGUGAUUCAAAGGCAGGUGCAAUAAUACUAAGCAUGAAAAACAAGCAACCCAGAAAAUCACUGUAUUCCAAUGAGUGCAAGAUUUCCCAAGGCUAAACUCUUCUAGAUCUGGAACUGAAGGAGCAAGCAGGUUUCUGCCAGGAGGAAGGCACUGGCAGUGCACUAAACUGCUGCAUGCAGUUUUCUACUGUGAAAUUUACAGGGUGGGGUGGAGUGAAUAGUCUUGCCAAAGAGCUAUUGAAGGACAGAAGGAGCAGUGGCACACUCAUGAUGAUACUUUACAAAGUGAGAGCUCUAGCCAGAGAUAUUGUGACAGAAGUGCAUAGGGUGAAAGAGGUUGCUGGUUUGUAAACAUAGGUUUUAUUGGAAUGUGGAACCUGACUUCUUUUUUAAAAUUAAUAAGUAUCGACAGAUGGUUACAAGCCCUCUUUAAAAAAAAAGAAUGGAUUUGUGUAUAAUUCUCAAAUUCUCUACUGGUAAGGGCACAACAAUUGGAACUACACAUUAGUUUAAUGUGAACAUGCUAGGUACAUUUAAGCAGGACAAUCAGUAAGGCAGAAAAGUUACUUUACCCUUUGGACUGAGUAUCUCCUGCAAACUCUUCAUCAUGCUCCCCAAAGCCAAGCCUAUUUCCAGUCAGCCUGGUUGGGAGGGACCUGCCAGGGGGUACUGACACAAGGAAAGGCAAAGCCUCUACUCAUUGGAGAAUGAAAGAGCUUGGAAAGUUACUUUUAAAAAUAAUUAAAUUAUGCUGUUCGUUUGAAAAGUAACCCUUUAUGUUACUUGUUGGGCUGCUUGUUACUUUUCUAUUAUUUAUGGUUACUUUUAAGAGGUGAAAACCCUCAGGACUGAUAAGAAAAUGGUAUAGAAGUUGAAAAAUCCUAAACACCUUUAAAAAGUAACUUUACAGAACAACUAGAAUAUGUUGCACCUUAUACCAAUAAAGAAAUUUGUAAUGAAGCUUUCAAAACUCUCAUUGUAGUCUAGGGUGGGUUGCUGUUUGGGACUAACAACCCAUUAUAAAUCACCCUCUGCUGUUGUAAUCAGGCAUUUAGGAAGCAUCCACUGACACUAGUGGAGUCUUUUUUAAAAAGUCCAAUUGCCACAGAGAGUAGGGCAACAUGAGAAUGUAUUGUGUACAGAGUGUGUGUUACAUUAGUGAACAGGGCCUAGGAACUCAUACUGGGGACACAUGCCAGUAGUGGUGCCUCUUGGGGGCAUGUUUCACCACUGGGUCAAAGAAGUGUCACCCACCUCCUGCCUUAUGUAAUGAGUCACUGAAGAAAUUCAGUCUGCCUCAGUCCUGAGUUUCUGUCCAAUAGAUGCUGCUGCAUGGUGGUGACCAUCAGGACUUACUCAGAACCUCUUCAUCUUCUGCUUUGAGCACCUCCACCAUUUCCAAUGGAAGAGUGUAGCUGCCCAUCCCUGCCAAAGAGCAGGUGACGUCUAAGACAAAGUAUGGUGAAUGCAACAGCCUCAACUACCAUUUUAUUUUGGGGAGAAGGGGUGGCGGUACCCAUUACACUCAAUUUCUGCUGAGAGUUGCAACCAACAGUUGACAAGUUUUGGUAGCAGUCUUCCUGGAACGAUCUAUCACAUUUCCUUGAGGUAUGCUGGAAGCUAGCAGGGCAAUCCAAGGUCACACACCUGGCAGAAGGGGAACUGUGUAACAAUAUCUUUCCUGAACACUUGAAAGUUCUCCAACCUGCAGUCCAACUUCCAGGACAAAGCAAGGUCACUGCUCCAGUCACUAAAGAAAUAACAGUAACAUUUCUUUCAUUUGCCUUCCAAGCUCAGAUUGUAGAACUGUGGAUAUUAUUUUGCUAGUUUUAAGAGAGAAAGCUAUAGAGAGGUAGCUAAAUCAUUUCUUUAAGUAUAAGCCCCACUGAACCCAACGAAGUUUGCUUCAAAAUAUACCACAGAUGACUUGUGACCAGGGCAGAGGGGGCACUCAUUCCAACGUUUCGGGAUGAACCCUGGAACACACCUGUACAGGAUCAUGCUGUUACUGAGUCCUAAGCUGCAAAUAAUUUGCAGACUAGAAACACAAUAUUUUCUUUCCAAUUAGCUUUCAAAAGUCUCUUCCUAAGAAAUGUAUAUGCAUUAACGCUUCCUUUUUACCUUUUAGUAUUAACUGCGACCUUAAAAGAAAAAAAAAGAGAUAUUUUUAUUUUGGUGUUGCUGUACUGUAUUUGUCUAAGCCUUUUUGUAUUAAAACAUGUCUGUGUCUUACUGCCA